AUAUGCAACGAUGGUUGGUGACAGCUAUUAGAACUUUCAGAUGCUAGUGAAAGAGAGUUUUUAAGGAAAAAAGUUGGAAGUGUCUGGCAACAAGAAUGACAAUAUGACAGCAUAAGGAGCUAGGACAGUAAAGUGGCAUGGAAGCACUUGAUUCUUAUAGGUACUGACACAAUGUUGAGAAUAAUGGUAUAACAAGAAAAAAGAAGGGUAUCACAGGAUAGUUGGCAAAUAUUGCAAUGGGAGAGGGGUAGAUUUGGGUGUUGAAGGUAUACUAGAAUAUUUGGAGGUGAAGAAGUAGGUGUAUUUGGAGGGAUUAUCGAGUCUGCUCUUUCGGGAAUAGAACUGUCGUGGCUAAAUAUGAAGGAAAUAGAAAACUGGAACUGUCUGGAUGAAUUUUAAGUGCAGCGAGGGGUCAUGAAAGUGAGGAAAGCACAGUUGAACGACGGAGAUGAAUAAGAGUGGUUUGAGACUGGGAAAGGUUAGGCAUCUGAGGGAGUCAAUGGGUGUUUUGUUUUCCCAUGAAGACAUCCAGUCCCCAGGAGAGAAAAUAAAAUAAAUAAAAAUCUGACUACGGAAUUCCAGCAUCCCAUCUUUAUUUUCGGUUUACGUUUACUUAGAAAAAAUUCUUCGUGUUUUUUUUUAAACAGGUUUUUCGAAUAAAAACGACGAAGAAAUCUCAAAACGAAGGCAGAAACCCACUCUCCCUCUCUUUACCUCUUCUCAGCUUCCUUUCCCUCACCUACACUACCUCCUCCUCCUCCUCCUCUUCUCCUUGUUUAUCCAACCCUUCUCCUCUUCCGUCUUUCUAAAAUGUCGAGACGCGUGUUUUAAUCCUAUUUACUUUUCCAGAGGUCUCUGAAGAGACAGGCACGAGCGUUCCAGCGCCUGGAAUCUUUGGUGAUCUCUGGUCCGGAGAGAGAAAAGGCUAUCACAGGAAUGGGUUAAUGAGAGAUUCGUGAAAACGCAAGGCACCGGAUUAACGAGGAGGGGAAAUGAAAGAAAUAUGAGUGACGAGAAUGUUAUAUAAUUAUAUGCUUUUGAUACCGGGACCGAGUAGUAUUUUAUUGGUAUAUUGACACAAUUUUAUGUUGUUGCUGUUGUCAUUUGUUAUAAGAAUAUCGAUUCUCCUGAGUUCGUGAGCUAAGUUGUCAAGUUUGUUGUUUAGUUUUUAUUUGGCACUAUUUACCUCACAUGAAUUUUCAAAUAAUUUGUUUUGUUUAUAUAUAUCUCUUUUAUCUGUAGUUUUGGAUUUAACGCCAAGUGAUUCUUAUUCUUCUUCUUCGUUUCGAAGAGCCUCCUCUCACCCUCCCAAAUAACCAACCACACAGACCCCUUCGUCAAAGACAUCAUCUUGCAUGACGCUCGCUCUUAGAGACAUUAAAUGGUUAAAUCGUGUCAGUGGAGAACGUGCAUGAGAUGAGUGUAGAUCUACUUCAUCUACUACUACUACUACUAGUUACUGCCAUUACUACUACUACUACUCUACUACUAGUGACAACCACCACUGCUACAACUACUAGUCAUCCUGCUGCUGCUACUGCAUCUACUACUUCUGAUGUUAAACCAGUUGUUGGGUGUUGGAAUGUCUUUAAAAAAAACUAUAAAGCGUCGUAGAAACCGUAACUAAUCUUCAUAAAAUAAAAAUAUAUAAAAAAAACAGCCAAGCCAGUAAAGCCCCAUAAACAAAGACGCCCUCCUGACGUGCCUGAGGGUGGUGGACCCCAGUAUGACUUCACACUCGUCGAGAUACGGUAGACUCAGGAAACGGGACUCACCUGACGACGAUUAUGAGCAGCAACGUGUCAAUGAACCAGAGAUAAGUAUAGGCCUAAGCAGCAGCACCGACCACAUCCCGGAGGAGGUGAUCUACGAUUUCCUGAGCGGCACCUACAAAUCCGUCGAGCCGGACGACCUGCUGAUCCACCUGCUGACGCUGCCUUCCAGGAUUCUCCUACAGGAGGAAUACGAGCUCCUGAAGCUACAGCAGGACGACCAACAACAGCAGCCGAAGGAGGAACUUGACGCCGAGAUCGACGAGCCGCCUCCGCCAGCGGAGGUUCCGGAAGAACCCAAAGAUGCAGAGGAGCCGAAGCCUUCUGACGAAGGGAUCAACGAAGCCCUGCAAGAACUCUAUGGCAACGUCAUGUCGGCCGAAGAACUGGCGAGACUUGACUCGCAGCCUAAUCCUUUCAACUUCAGCGAGAGAGUCUCACAGACGCAAAAGGCCCACAGGAAGGACUUGGCCAUCCAGACGGAACCUCCUCCCAGCAACACCUACAGUUUCAGCUUCGGCUUGUCCAAUAUAUUUGACGCUUACCAGAAGGACUACAAGAAGAUCCUAGCGAAGGAGCUGGAGCUCGAGAGAGAGAAAGAAAAGGAGAAAGAGAGGGAGAGGAAGUCCGGAAAACAGAAGUCGCCCAGAGGACCCAGGGAACCCGUGGUGCACAUCCCUCCCCCGCCCUCCAAGCAGGCCACAGGGGGCCUGUCGGAGAUCUACGAAACGGCGAGCAUGGUGGAGAGGAUGGUCACCCAGAACAUCUACGACGACAUCACGCAAGACUUCCAGUACUGGGAGGACACAAGCGACGACUUCAGACCACUGGAAGGCUCCCUUCUGCCCCUCUGGAAAUUCAGCUGUGACAACUGCAGGUCUUAUUACGUCUCUGACAUCUGCUGGAAUCCAUUUUACCCAGAUCUCUUCGCUGCUUCCUAUUCCACAGACCGAGAUGGCUCAUCGGAUGCUGGAGGGAUGCUGAGUCUGUUCACACUGAAGAAUCCUGGAAUUCCAGAGCGUCUGUACCGUACUCCGAGUGGAGUCAAUUCUGCCCAGUUUCACCCAACGAAGGAGAGCGUUCUUGUAGCUGGCUGCAGCGACGGUGUGGUGUUUGUGUAUGACACCCGCCUUGUGGGAUGCCUCAAAGUGCUUUCGUCAACUACCAUAACGGGGAAGCACCUGUUGCCAGUUUCCCAGGUCAGAUGGAUACCCACAGAGCCUGGUCAGAAUCUAGGAUUCUACUCAGUUGGCCAAGAUGGCAGGGUGUCCCAGUGGACUCUUCAGUCCUCUUCGCUACACUACACUGACAUUCUCGACUUCAGUGGUGACGCUCAGAGCAGUAAUUCCUCUUCAAGCAACGUUGAUAAAGUAAAGUUAGAAGGUACUGCAACUUGUAUAGCUUUUAGUCCGAAGGACAAAAACGUUCUGUUGGUGGGGGUAGAUACAGGUGCGGUCUUCCAGGUCAAUGCUUCCUCCACUAGCUAUGGCAUCAUCCGAUACCCAGCGCACACCUGCCCCGUGAGGGCCAUCGCGUGGAACACUUACCACCAGAAGAUCUUCGCCACUUGUUCGGGCGACUGGACGCUGAAGCUGUGGCUUCAGUGCCAUGUGGCAGCUCUUGUGAUACUGGACUUGGGAGCCCCAGUAGCUGACCUCACCUGGGCUCCCUACAGCAGCAGUGUGGUGGUAGCUGUGAGCGAUGAUGGACGUGUACACGUCUACGACCUGUUCCUCCGGAAAUGCCGGCCACUGUGUGUUCAGAACAUAAUGCAGAGACGACGCACAAGUCUUGCCUGUGUUGCCUUCAAUCCAGUCUUCCCUAUCAUUAUAGUCGGAGGAGAGAAGGGCUACCUCAUCUCCAUGAAGCUCUCUCCCAACCUGAGGAAACCCCACAAGGAUGCGAAAGGAGCCGAUGAACAGAAACUGAGAGAAAUUGAGCUUUGCAAGAUGGACAGGAUCAUCGCAACAAGUUCGAACUAGGACGAUUUUUCGACACGGAUUUUGACGUAUAGCGUGUGACGCGACAACUUUAGACUUUCAGCCUCUCUGACACUGACAGUGAUUGAGCUUGUGACACCCGUUGCUUCUGAAAGAAUGACGACUGAUAAAUUGUGAGGGUCCUAUGACAAUAUAAAUAAGAGUCACAUUGAUUCUAAAAUGUCAUGUCUGGACUUGAACUGACAGAACUAAUCAACUUGGGCGCCAUCUUUGAUGCUGUCACUGAAAAUGACUUCACUUAAGACAGUUGCCACGCCUUGACUAAGAGCCAAAAUAAAACAAAACUGAUCUAGUGGCUUUCUAGAUGACGAUGAAGGUGGAUUUUGUCUUCAACUGCAGAUUCAGAAUGUGCCAUUUGCCAUUUCUGAUGCCAAAGUUCUCUUGAAUACCUCAGGUGAUACUUAUGUUUAACAGCUCCAGUUCUGAGUUCAGAAGUGUCUUUCAAUCAGGCAACUUAGACCUAUUCUUGGGAGUUGCCCAAAGGUGCCCAAAGGUGCCCAAACGUCCCUGAUUUAAACAGACAUGAGAGAAAAGGCGAAGUUAUGAUAAGCCUAGGCCCACAGACUGCGAACGUUUUGAAAAUGCGUCGACACCUAUCAGUUGAAAUUCUGCCAGAAUUGCCGAUGGAGGGUAACUUUGUUGACAUAGAGAAUCAUGUGAUUGUCUGGGAGCAGACUUUCAGUCAGUGCUCGGUCAUUAUCAUCAGCUUCUGAAAGUAGAGAAUACUUUUCAAAAUCUGAAUAAUUAAACUACUGUGGAAGUUGAUAAGCAUUAUUAUUAAAAUGGUGCUAAAUUUGGAAGGCGCUGAAGAGAAUGCUGUGAGUUUAAGUGGUGAUUUUUUCCAAGUAUUGCACAACCAAAACGAAACUUAAUUCGGCCCCUGGCUGCAACCCCUUUCGUUCCUUUUACUGUACCUCCUUUCAUAUUCUCUUUCUGCCAUCUUACUUUCCUUAACCCUCUGCUAACACUUGAUUCGUAGCGCAAUUGCUUUGAGGUUUUCCUCCUAUUAUAUCUUUCAGGCCUUUGCUGUCAAUUUCAGGUUCAGCGCUGAAUGACCUUAUAGGUCCUGGUGUUUGGCCCUUGGCCUUUAUUCUAUAUUGGAAAAAAAACUUCAUCUGUCGUUUAUUCAUCCUCAGACAAGAGACAGCAGACGAGACAGACAUCAAGGUACAAAUAAAUUACAAAUUUAAUCACUUUUCUCUCAUUAUUUCGCUCGAGGCCAAACAGGCCUACUGACAAUCAGAAGAGAAGCAGCUAUAGCCCAGACACGACGACAAAAACAGGUAUUCAGACUCUUCUACCCACCUUCCAGGACUCAAAAAGGCCCUCUAGUUGGUCAGUGCCGUCUGUGUACCUCUUGCGUUGCACUGUAUGCAUUACUUAAGGUUCUUUGCAGCGUCCCUUCGACCCCUAGCUGCAACCAGCGCCUCAGUGGCAUGGUCGGCUUGGUGAUGGCCUGCCGCCUCGGUCGCCACGAGUUCGAUUCUCGGGCAUUCCAUUGAAGUGUGAGAGAGUGUAUUUCUGGUGAUAGACGUUCACGAAUCUCGACGUGGUUCGGAAGUCACGUAAAGCCGUUGGUCCCGUCGCUGAAUAACCAUACUGGUUCCAUGCAACGUAAAAACACCAUACAAACAAACAAACAAACAAAACAAACCUAGCUGCAACCCCUUUCAUUGCAUUUACUGUACCUUCUUUCAUAUUCUAUUUCUUCCCAUCUUACUUUCCAAUCUCCUGACAAUGGUUUCAUCAUCAUUUCCAGCGCUGAAUGACCUCAUAGGUCACGUCGCUUGGCGUUUGGCCUAAAUUUUAUAUUCCAGUUCCGAGAGAGAGAGAGAGAGAGAGAGAGAGAGAGAGAGGUGAAAUAAUCUAUGUCUGACUUACAUAAAGAAAAAAUUCUGGUGCCUUUGAGAGCUAUGAUCUCGUCAGUGGCGGCUGUUUGUAAAUAGAUCUGGAAAUCUUCCCUGGAAAUACUUCUUUGUGACCGAAACCUUUUUUAAAAAAAAGAUAUUUGUAGACCAGACGAUUUUGUAUCAUUGCAGCAAUCUUUGUAAGGUGAGAUGAUGAACGUCCAUUUUUUUGAUAAGCAGGAGUAGUAGUGAAAUAAAAAGUGCAUCUC